AUGGGUAUUGAGAUUGAGCAACCUUGUGUGGAGCUUUCAAAAGUUGCAGUUUCUGAAACCCAUGGAGAAGACUCUCCUUAUUUUGCUGGUUGGAAAGCCUAUGAUGAGGACCCUUAUGAUGAAUUAACCAAUCCCUCUGGAGUUAUUCAAAUGGGUUUGGCAGAGAAUCAAGUUUCAUUUGAUUUGCUUGAAAAGUACUUGGAAGAACACUCAGAGGCUUCUACAUGGGGAAAAGGUGCUCCUGGUUUCAGAGAGAAUGCUUUGUUUCAAGACUAUCAUGGGCUUAAAAGCUUCAGAACUGCAAUGGCAAGCUUCAUGGAACAAGUAAGAGGAGGGAGAGCAAAAUUUGACCCUCAAAGAGUAGUCCUCACCGCUGGUGCAACUGCAGCCAACGAGCUCUUAACCUUCAUCCUCGCAAACCCAGGAGAUGCUUUACUUGUUCCAACCCCGUACUACCCGGGGUUUGAUAGAGAUUUAAGGUGGAGAACUGGGGUGAACAUAGUUCCAAUCCACUGUGACAGCUCAAACAAUUUCCAGAUUACUCCUGAAGCCUUGGAGGCUGCAUACAAAGAUGCAGAAGCCAUGAACACCAAAGUGAGGGGAGUGCUAAUCACAAACCCCUCAAACCCAUUAGGUAUAACAAUUCAACGCUCAGUUUUGGAGGAGAUUCUUGACUUUGUGACUCGCAAGAACAUCCAUCUUGUCUCAGAUGAAAUCUACUCAGGUUCAGUGUUCUCUUCCUCAGAGUUCAUAAGCUUAGCAGAAAUCCUUGAGGCUCGUCAAUACAAAAAUGCUGAGAGAGUUCACAUAGUUUAUAGCCUCUCAAAAGACCUGGGACUUCCAGGUUUUAGAGUUGGCACCAUUUAUUCAUACAACGAUAAGGUUGUGACCACAGCUAGAAGAAUGUCUAGUUUCACCUUAAUAUCUUCUCAGACACAGCACCUUUUGGCUUCUAUGUUGUCAGAUAAGAAGUUCACUGAGAACUACAUUGAGACUAAUAGAGAGAGGUUAAGGAAAAGGUACCAAAUGAUCAUAGAAGGUUUGAGAAGUGCAGGAAUUGAAUGUUUGAAAGGAAAUGCGGGUUUGUUUUGCUGGAUGAAUCUAAGUCCAAUGUUGGAGAAGCCAACAAGGGAAGGUGAGUUAGAGUUUUGGGAUGCUAUUUUGCAUGAAGUGAAGCUUAAUAUUUCACCUGGUUCUUCCUGCCAUUGUUCUGAACCGGGUUGGUUUAGGGUGUGCUUUGCAAAUAUGAGUGAGCACACGCUGGAAAUUGCAUUGCAAAGAAUACGUAACUUCAUGGAACGAAUAAGAAGGGCAGAAAGGGUAUAG